AUGCCUUCAAAGAUUGCUAGACAUGCGGAUACCUCGCGUCCAGUACUUCUCCGUUGCUGCAUGCACUUGGCGCUUCUGGUACUUGAAUGUUGCACCAAUGGAGGCCCAGCAUUCGGUGAUCUCAACAAGCACCAGCCUCCUGAAGAACUUUACGGCGUUUUGAGUAGGCUCCUUUUCAUAUGGAUCAAUCCAAUUCUUCUUCGAGGGUACAAGAGUAUCCUCGUCAACCGGGAUUUGCCAACCCUCAGUCAAGACAUGAAACCAGAGUUCACAAGAAAGGCAAUACUGCAAGCGUGGUCUCAGCGAGCCAAACCUGAAACCAAGAAGAGUCUGCCUAUCGCUUUGAUGGAAUGCUUGUGGAGACCGUUUCUCGGUGCUGGGUUCCCCCGAUUAUUAUUGAUCGUCUUUCGCUAUUCUCAGCCUAUCUUGAUCAAAGAGUGUAUCAGAUAUGUCGCGGCAUACCAUGCCGGUGCGGAAAGCAAUCAUGGGUUCUGGCUUGUUUUGGCCGCUGUAUUCAUCUACGUUUGCCUUGCCCUGUCAACCGCUAUGUAUCAACACCGUCUAAACAGGCUGAAGCUUAUGACUAGGAGUGCCCUCAUAGGGCUUAUUCAUGACAAGAUUAUGAAAUCACCUAGCAAUGCUUAUGACAACGGUGAAGCAACAACACUCAUGAGUACUGAUGUAGAGACUCUCGAUGGGAUUGCAGAAAUGAUCCACGAAACAUGGGCACAAGUCAUCGAGGUGCUGAUUGGUACUAGACUUCUAGUUGGCCAAGUUGGCUGGAUCUGGCCUCUUCCGCUCUUUCUGAUAUAUUUAUGUUCAUACACUAGUCGAUUUGUUGCAAAGCAUUUACAGCCUCGCCAAAAGGCCUGGAGCGACGCAACCCAGAGCCGCAUAGCAGCUACAAGCUCCAUGCUGAGCACAAUGAAAGUCGUCAAAAUGCUCGGACUCCAACACAAUUUCACCCGUCGCAUUCAAGAGCUUCGGGAGGCUGAGCUCGGGGCAGCGUCGAAACUUGGGUGGAUGAUGGUAUUCUAUAAUGCUUCUGCCAAUGCCCUUGGAAUAUUCUCCCCAGCUAUCACGCUGGUUAUCUAUGCUGCGAUAUCAGUUGCUCGUGGUGACAACCUGGAUACAGAAACUGCAUUCACUACCGUGGCAAUCUUAAGCAUGGUAACUCAUCCUGCAAAUAUGCUCAUGACUAUUGUGCCGCGCGCAGUGACAGCAUUUUCCGGAUUUGAAAGAAUCCAAUCGUUUUUGCUCCGCGAAUCUUUACAAGCUCAUCGCGGGACAUUACUGAAAGGUUCUACUGCUAUUCAAAUACGACAACUGAGGAUUGGCUAUAAACCCCUUGUCUUGGAGGAUAUCAACACCGAAGUAGCUGCAGGAUCUCUUGCCAUAAUAUCGGGCCCUACUGGCAGCGGCAAAUCGACUCUGUUGCGUGCUAUUCUUGGAGAAGUACUCCCUGUGCAAGGGUUAAUUAGCCUGUCAACACGACAGAUAGCAUAUUGUGCUCAGAAGCCGUGGCUUCCUAAUGGUACCAUCAAAGAGGUUAUUCACGGUGCUACUGAAAUUUACAGCGCUAACGACCCAGAUAAUGAAAAAUGGUAUCAUGAGGUAACAGCUAUGUGUUGUCUUACACAUGACUUCAAAUCCUUCCCCCAGGGAGAUCUAACGCGGAUUGGUAGCGGAGGGCUCAAUUUGUCUGGAGGACAGAGGCAGCGGGUUGCACUCGCGCGUGCUUUGUUUGCGAGAUACGACAUACUUCUGCUGGAUGACACCUUUAGUGAACUGGAUGGCGAAACGGAGAAAAUUAUCUUCGAUAAUCUAUUUGGGGCCACAGGUCUAACCCGGAGAUUGAGGACCACAGUAGUCCUCGUUUCUAAUUCGUCUCAGUACUUUCAUGCUGCGAAUCACAUCGUAGUUCUGGGAGACCAUCGAAUCAUAGAUCAAGGGAAUUCGCAGGAUAUCAAGACCAAAGCUGCAACUAUAGCGAAGUUCUCUUCCAGCCACCACACCAAGGACAACGCCGUCUUGUCGGCAAACUUUGAUGAACUCAGCGCCAAAUGGCGAGCAAAAGAUGAAACUGAAACAGACCUGGCCCGACAGACUGGAGAUCCCGCUCUAUAUGGCUACUAUUUCAGUUCCAUUGAUUUUACGAACAUUUUCUUCCUUAUCACCAGCACUGUAUCAUAUGCUUUUUUCGUCACUAUUCCGCAGUACUGGCUUCGGUUGUGGACAGAGUUAGGUGGCAGAAACACCCCGUUCUAUGUCGGCGGAUUUCUCUUUCUAUCAACCUUGUCUUGGAUAUCGACCAGCGCUCAGAUGUGGUCCAUUCUUUCCCGACUUGCUCCGCAGGCUGGGUUGCGGUUACAUCACCGUCUAUUGCACAUCGUAACGAGCGCGCCUCUGUUAUAUUUCUCUAAAACCGACAACGGCUCAAUCCUAAACAGAUUCAGUCAAGACAUCCAGCAUAUUGAUAAGCAGUUACCAUCAGCGCUUCAAACUGUUCUAACUCAGAUCUUCAAGCUGCUCAUGCAGAUCAUACUUCUUUACAUGGCCGAAAAAUGGCUCGCAGUAUCUUUACCGGCCUGCAUGCUCUUGGUCUAUGUCAUUCAAAAGGUUUACCUGCGGACGUCACGACAACUCCGAUUCUUGGAGCUGGAGUCUCGCGCAGGGGUGUUCUUGAGCUUUUUGGAAUGCAUCGAGGGCCUCGAAACCAUACGGUCAUUUGGUUGGUCUAGGGCUGCAAUACGGGACAAUAUCCAAAGCAUCGACAACUCUCAGCGUCCAGAAUUUCUCCGUUUGUGUCUCCAGAGAUGGCUCAACCUGGUCCUAGAUCUUUUGGGUGCGGCUGUUGCAACGAGUGUUGUUGCGUUCGCUGUAGCAUUUCGGGGGCACGUCAGUGGUGGACAAGUCGGAAUCGCGCUCAACGUCAUGCUCGUAGCAAACUCGACCUUACUGAAACUUGUGGAGAAUUGGACUACACUAGAGACUUCCCUUGGUGCCAUUGCUCGAUUGAAGAAGCUUGACGAAAGGACUGCGGUUGAGGGUGGAGGAACCUGCAACUUUGAACCCCCGGAAAACUGGCCUUCCAGAGGACAUAUCAACAUCAAAAACGUCACUGCAUUCUACGAGCCCGGGUCGGUUGCUCUACAGAAUCUGAGCCUGAAUGUUACAGCAGGUCAGAAACUCAUUGUGUGCGGGCGUACAGGCAGCGGUAAAAGCACGCUACUCCUCUCGCUCCUACGGCUUCUCGAAGUACAGUCCGGCCAGAUCGAGCUCGAUGGCAUGGAUAUCAGGCAAGUAAGGUUGGACUUACUACGGCGACGGUGCUUCGUCUCGGUGUCUCAAGACCCGUUGUUGUUGCCGAACGAGACCUUGCGCUUCAACCUAGAGCCAGAUGAGUUAAUGCCGGACGACGCCCUCGUUGAUGCACUUAACAGAGCAGGACUGUGGUCACAUUUCUUGGAGGGCCAAAUGCACUCUGGGGGAGAUCCAACUACCGUCCUCGAAAUCUCAGGCUCUGGUGAACAUGCAAUCCUUGACCAGAAGCUGUCAAUAUUUCCGAAGCUCUCCAUAGGACAGUGCCAACUGCUCGCGCUCUGUCGAGCACUUGUCAAAACCAACUCGUUACAACGUUCCGGAGUGAAGCCUGUAGUUCUCUUGGACGAAGUUACAUCCUCUCUCGACGAAGUUACGGGGUCCACGGUUCAUCGUAUCAUUGACGAUGAGUUCACUGAAAAGGGCCACACUGUCAUCAUUGUGGCUCAUAGACUCGGCACUUUGGAGAAGCACAUGAAAGCUGGAAGGGAUGCCGUGACAAUGAUGGCAGAUGGUCGAUUAGAGGAAGUGAUUGACGAUUUAGGACCGUCGACUUUCCAGCGUUUCAGGCAGAUGGGCCAGCGGUUCACUGGUGCUUCCUAA